AUGACCCCCGAAGAGUCGAUCGCCUUGAUCAAGGCCAACCUGGCCGAGGUCCUCAACCCCGAGAUCAUCGACAAUGUGAUCCUCAACGAGAAGCGGCCGCUAAAGGUCUACUGGGGCACCGCGACCACCGGCCGCCCGCACUGCGGCUACUUCGUGCCCAUGGUCAAGCUCGCCGAGCUGCUUGCCGCCGGCUGCCACGUCAAGGUCCUGCUCGCCGAUAUCCACGCCUACCUCGACAACAUGAAGGCGCCCCUCGACCUCGUCGAGCAGCGCUGCAACUACUACGAAUACAUCAUCAAGAGCCUGCUCCGGGCCGUCGGUGUCGAUAUCGCCAAGCUCGAGUUCGUCAAGGGCAGCUCCUACCAGCUGGACAAGGAGUACACCAUGGACCGCUUCAAGCUUGAGGGUAUCACCCGGAUAUCGGUUGCCCAGAAGGCCGGCGCAGAGGUCGUCAAGCAGACUGACGACCCGGCGCUGGGUGGUCUGAUCUACCCUCUGAUGCAGGCACUGGAUGAGCAGUACCUGGACGUCGAUGCGCAAAUCGGUGGUGUCGACCAGCGGAAGAUCUUCACCUUCGCUCUGGAGAACCUGCCGAGGAUCGGUUACAAGGCGCGCGCCCAUCUGAUGAACACCAUGGUACCAGGUCUCGGCCAGGCGGCAAAGAUGAGCUCGAGCGAGCCCGACUCCAAGAUCGAUCUGCUCGAUGCGCCCGAGGUCGUGGCCAAGAAGCUGAAGAAGGCGCACUGUGCCCAGAAGGUCGUCGAAGGCAAUGGUGUUGUCGCCUUCGUGGAGCAUGUCAUUUUCCGUGUCAUGUCUCUGAAGAGUGGAGGCAAGCCGAAAUUUGUAGUCAAGAGAGAGCGAGAUGGCCUGGAGCCUCUCGUCUAUGAGGACAUUGAAACUCUGAAGGCAGACUUCGAGAAGGACGUGUUGACGCCGCAACUGCUCAAGGCUGCUCUGACAGAAGCUCUCAACGAGCUUCUUGCCCCUAUCCAAGCCGAGUACCAAGCAUCAGAGGAUUGGCAGAGGAUCAACGAGCUUGCCUACCCCCCGGAGAAGAAGCCCGUCAACCCCAAGAAGGAGAAGAAGGCAAAGGGCGGUGACCCUGAGAAGCGAGCAGCAGCCGAGGCGGCACGAGCUGCGAAGCUGGCGCAGAAGAACGCACCUGAGAGCGCAUCACACGGUGUCGAGACGCUGAAGAUCGAUAGCGAGUCAAAGCCCGAGCAGAUCUGA